CAAACACGCACUCCGUUGGCGGAUUGGAACAAAGGAUAUAGGACACAGGAGUUCAGGAUUUCAGGACACACACAACCACCCAACGUUAUGGGGCGGCCAAAAUCCGGCCAAGGCUUUGGGUCACCUGCCACCAGUUCAUUAAUGAUCUAUGCAUUAAUGUGGCUCGCUUUGGCCAUGACAAUGGAGGCCAUAGAUGCCCCACUGCCCCUAUCCCUGGCGGAGUACCCGCUCGGCCUGUCGCUGGAACAUGGCAGCAAACACCAUUACCAGGAUGCGGGUGUGGACUCGUUGCCGGGAUUAACAGGAUAUACGCGAAAUUAUUAUGGCCCCACUGACACUGCAGCCGGCGAUGACUUGGCAACAUAUGGAAAUUAUGCUCACAAACUCCUGGCCGCCACCCAUCAACAGCACCAUCGCCAUUCGCAAUCCUCCCUUGGCACCACGGCCAAUGGCUUUGUGCCCUUCUACUACAACAGCAAACUGCACUCGCCAUUCACCGCGGAUGAGGAGCCGCGUCGCGACCCAUCCGCCAAUAUCGAUUUUGUCAUUAAUACGGCAAAUUAUGAGCCAAAUUCCGCUGGCUACGAUGUGGAGCCACAUCAUGGGGAGCAGCACUACGAAAGCUAUGCAUAUCGGCCGCGGGUGCAGUUUGCCACAUCGCUACCCGGUCCCAGCGAUUACCAUUUCGAACAAAUUUCCAAUUACCGGGAGAAUCGCCAGCGGGAGCAGGAGGUGGAGCAACAUCAGCAGCAGCAGCACCAGGAGCAGGAGGAUAUUACUAGUAUCUAUGCGCGGCUCAAAGAACUCCAGACACCGGCCAAUCCAGUUAAGCGUCAGCAGGAAGAGUCCCUAUCGAGUCAUCAUCCAAACCGGGAGCAAAGCCAGCCACUGGAGCAGCGACAUUAUCAGCAACCUGAAAGCAGACAGCUGCAACAGCCACACUUGCAACAACAUCUGCAACAAAAGCGGCCACAUGCGCUGCAAUAUCCUCAGGAUCAACGGCAUCACCAGCGCCUGGGAGUUGCCCAGGACCAGCAGAUGUUGUACUCUCACAAGGAUAGCCAGAUUGCAGAUCUCCCAGCCAUAACCACCAGUGUGCACCAUACUCCGGAGAGCAGUAAAGCGGUAGCCGGAUUGCCGUUGGCCAAGCACAUCGAGAUCACUAAGAGUGUGCCCAUCACCCACUAUCAGAAGCAGCAUGUGCCCUUCAAGCAGAACGUCCAGGUGCAAGUGCCACGAACCGUGAUCGCAGCCAUACCCAAGCCCAUGCCCAUCAAAAUACCAGUGGCCCAAACGGUGGCCGUGCCCCAGAUGCAAGAGGUUAAGAUUCCCAUCGAACGGGUGAAGCCGGUGCCCGUGGAGCGGCCCAUUCCCUUUGUGGUUGAGCGCAGGGUACCCUACCGAGUGGAGAAGCCGGUGGUCUCGCCAGUUUAUUAUCCGUAUCCGGUCAAAGUGCCAGUGGUGCGCACGGUGGUGCACAAGCAGCGCCCCCACUACGUGGCACCCGGCUGGAGUGCCAACGGCAAUCAUCUGCUGGGAUGAGUCUAUCUUAAGAAUAAAUUCUUAAGCCAGUUUUAUACCCUUGCAAAAGGGGUUUUUUGAUUUGUAAAGUAAAAGUACAAACUGUAGGGUAGUCGAUAAAUAUAUUUUUGGUGGAAUGUUCUUAAGUUGAAUUAAAUACAUUUAUUAAUUUUUC